GGGGCACAGAGCCGGGCAGAGGCUCUGCCCUGCCGAGGGAGCAUGUCGGGGACAGCGGGCACGGCCAUCUGCCUGCUGCGCUGCGACCUGCGACACCACGACAACCAGGUGCUCCACUGGGCUCAGCACAACGCGGAUUUCGUGAUUCCCCUCUACUGCUUCGACCCGCGGCACUACCUGGGCACCCACCGCUACAGCUGGCCAAAGACGGGGCCACACAGGCUCAGGUUUUUGCUGGAAAGUGUGAAGGACCUGAGGGAAACGCUCAAGAAAAAAGGAAGUACCCUGGUUGUGAGGAAGGGGAAGCCAGAAGAUGUGGUCCGUGAUCUGAUUACUCAGCUGGGCUCUGUCACUGCUGUGGUUUUCCAUGAAGAGGCCACACAGGAGGAGCUGGAUGUGGAGAAGGGGCUGUGCCAGGUGUGCAGGCAGCACGGGGUGAAGAUUCAGACAUUUUGGGGUUCCACGCUGUAUCACCGGGAUGAUCUUCCCUUCAGGCCUAUUGACAGGUUACCUGAUGUCUACACCCACUUCCGAAAAGCGCUGGAAUCCGGGGCCAGGGUCCGGCCAACCCUGCGGAUGGCAGAGCAGCUAAAGCCCCUGGCUCCAGGGCUGGAAGAAGGGAGUAUCCCUACAAUGGAGGAUUUCGGACAGAAGGAUCCCGUGACUGAUCCCCGAACAGCCUUCCCCUGCAGUGGAGGAGAGACCCAGGCUUUAAUGAGGCUGCAAUAUUAUUUUUGGGACACGAACCUGGUUGCUUCUUACAAGGAGACUCGGAACGGGCUGGUGGGAAUGGAUUACUCAACCAAAUUCGCACCAUGGCUGGCACUGGGCUGCAUCUCACCUCGGUACAUCUAUGAGCAGAUCCAGAAGUAUGAGAGAGAGAGGACAGCAAAUCAGAGCACAUACUGGGUCCUGUUUGAACUGCUGUGGAGGGAUUAUUUUCGGUUUGUGGCCCUGAAGUACGGCAGGAGGAUUUUCUCAUUGAGAGGGCUUCAAAGUAAAGAGAUCCCCUGGAAAAAGGACCUUCAGCUCUUUGAUUGUUGGAAAGAGGGCAAAACUGGGGUUCCUUUUGUGGAUGCCAACAUGAGGGAGCUGAGUGCCACGGGCUUCAUGUCGAACAGAGGGCGGCAGAACGUCGCCAGCUUCCUCACCAAAGACCUGGGGCUGGACUGGAGGAUGGGGGCAGAAUGGUUUGAAUACCUGCUGGUGGAUUACGAUGUUUGUAGCAAUUAUGGCAACUGGUUAUACAGCGCUGGCAUUGGCAACGACCCACGGGACAACAGGAAGUUUAACAUGAUCAAACAAGGCCUGGAUUACGAUGGGAAUGGGGAUUAUGUCCGGCUGUGGGUGCCAGAACUGCAGGGCAUAAAGGGAGCAGACAUCCACACCCCCUGGGCACUGAGCAGUGCUGCUCUCUCCCAGGCAGGAGUAACUCUAGGUGAGACCUACCCAUGGCCAGUGGUGACAGCCCCAGAGUGGAGCCGGCACAUCCACCAGAGGCCUGGAGAAAGUCCCCAUCCCAGGGGAAGGAGGGGACCAGCACAGCACAAGGACAGAGGGAUAGAUUUUUACUUCUCUCGCAAGAAAGAUGCUUGCUGAAGGCUGAAGGAGUGCUCAGCAGGAGGUUUUGCUGCUGAGGGUGCCUGGAUAAUGGUUAAUCAUCUUGAACAAGCCAAAGAUACAGGUUUGACACGGUAUAAUAACAUGGGAUCUGCCUGUCUGGUGUUCCUGGGAACACUUGCUGGAUGUGGGUGUUUGGAGGUUGUGUAUUAGCACCUCUCCUUACAAUCUGGAGCCAGUGGUUUAUGUGGCAGGUGUUCAGUCAGAACUGAAACUUCUUAUGCUAAUUUUCUGUGUUUUAAAGUUUUAAACCCAGCAAUCAUUAUGCAAUUAAAAGUUUUCCUACUGGAAUAUUUCCUCAUUUUCACAGACCUCCUCCAUAGAUAGAGACUGCAGAGGAUGUUCUUUUACUGUGUCUGCUGCAGUACUUUGGAGAAGCAGUGUG